AUGUUAUUCGGAAUUCAGUGCAUACCCUCAAAAGAUUGGGAAUUAUUUUCAUAUGUCUGCAUUGCACUUACCGCUUACGGUACAGAUACAGGAAGAAAGUUUGUGAUAAACGUCAAAAAUAUUGAUGUUCUUAAUUUACCAACCAAGUCAUACUUGAAGACUCGAUAUUUAUUGCCCUCAAUUGCCUGCCAAAAGGAUGUAGUAAGGCUGAACACAAGCAGAUACAAAAACUAUGUACACAGUAAAAAGGCAGCAGAAAGAUUGCCCAUGUUCGACUGUCUUUGA